UUUUAAGUUACAGAGAAAUGUAAGGUGAAACCACUCGUUACUUAAUAAACUAGUAACGGAAAACCGCCAUUUUUCACUCCUACGUGCAAAAGACUCGACUCCACUCAAAAACGCCGUCGUUUUACACAAAAUCCGAUUCUCACUCUCUCCAAGAGAAAAAAAUCAAUUUUUGAGCUCUUUCGGCGAUAAUGUUAAGCUAAAGAGAGAAAGCUUCACCGAUUCAAAAUCAUUUAGCCGAUGGGAUGCGUUUUAUGCAAAGAAUCCACCGGAGACAAACGGAAACACAAUAAUCCCGAUGAACCUCCUCCGGCAGACCUCCGUAAUACGGAGGAUUUACCUUCUUCUUCUUCAACCACCACCGCCGCCAUUUCUGUCGAAAUCGGAGAGAAGAAGAAGAAAGAUUUAGAUUCGAUUCAGAUUCAGCCGGAGAGAAGAACAUGGCACACUGGCGACUUCUCCGCCGGCUCUUCUCGCCGUCCGGGGAUGAGUCUCCGUACGCCGGAAGGAUGGCCACCUUGGCUUAUUGCUGCUUGUGGCGAUUCGAUCAAAGACUUAACACCUCGCAGAGCUACCACAUACGAAAAGCUCGAGAAGAUUGGGCAAGGAACGUAUAGCAAUGUGUACAAGGCGAAAGAUUUAUUGAGUGGGAAGAUUGUAGCUUUGAAGAAAGUUAGGUUUGAUAAUUUGGAAGCUGAGAGUGUUAAAUUUAUGGCUAGAGAGAUUCUUGUGUUACGACGGCUUAAUCAUCCUAAUGUUAUUAAGCUUCAAGGUUUGGUUACUUCACGGGUUUCCUGUAGUCUCUACCUUGUUUUUGAGUAUAUGGAGCAUGAUCUUUCUGGUCUUGCUGCUACCCAAGGUCUCAAGUUUGAUCUUCCUCAGGUUAAAUGCUUUAUGAAGCAGCUACUAUCUGGAUUGGAGCAUUGCCAUAGUCGAGGAGUAUUACAUCGGGAUAUCAAAGGUUCUAAUCUUCUUAUAGAUAAUGAUGGAAUACUGAAGAUUGCUGAUUUCGGGUUGGCUACGUUUUAUGACCCAAAGCAAAAGCAAACAAUGACUAGUCGUGUUGUCACACUUUGGUACCGUCCUCCCGAGCUUCUUCUUGGAGCUACCAGUUAUGGAACUGGUGUUGAUCUUUGGAGUGCUGGUUGUAUUAUGGCUGAGUUACUUGCUGGCAAGCCCGUUAUGCCGGGAAGAACCGAGGUCGAACAACUUCAUAAGAUAUUCAAAUUAUGUGGCUCCCCUUCAGAUUCGUACUGGAAGAAGUACAGACUGCCAAACGCAACUCUUUUUAAGCCGCAACAUCCGUACAAACGUUGUGUGGCUGAAGCCUUCAAUGGUUUCACUCCAUCCUCUGUGCAUCUAGUUGAGACACUUCUCACUAUAGACCCUGCUGAUCGAGGAACUUCUACCUCGGCAUUGAAUAGUGAAUUCUUUACUACUGAACCGUUACCUUGUGAUCCUUCAAGUUUACCAAAGUAUCCACCUUCCAAAGAACUGAAUGUAAAGCUGAGGGACGAAGAGUUAAGAAGGCAAAAGGGUCUUGCUGGAAAAGGUAGUGGUAUUGAUGGAGCUAGAAGAAUAAGGUAUCGAGGGGAUCGCACUGGGCGAGCUAUUCCAGCCCCAGAAGCUAAUGCCGAGAGUCAAGCAAACUUAGAUGUAAGAAAAUCCUCAUCUUAUCCCAUUUAUACUCAUGGACACGCACAUAAACACACAAUCUUCAUAUGAGCAUAUAUAUAUAUAUAUAUUCCUCAACGCAUUCACUAGUUUUAGUCACACUGCUUGCAUCAAGUUAUUGAGAAUACAUGCAUAUGCAUAGGCUUAUAGAUCAGCUAUACAUGUCAAUUAUCUAGCAUGGUAUUUUUUCGUUCCAAUGCAGAAGAUUCUGUAAUAUUGCCCCUUGCUAAUGUGUGUUUGCAGAGAUGGAGAUCGAUAUCACAAACAAAUGGAAAGAGCAAGAGUGAGAAGUUUCCGCCUCCUCACCAGGACGGUGCAGUUGGGUACCCAUUGGAAGAUCUAUCAAAGAAAACCUCAGUAUUUGGUGCAAAGACUGAGACUUCUUUUGGGUUAUCGAGAUCAUUAAAGUCUGGGGAAGGGACAUCAAUGAGAAAGAUUUCAAACAAAGACGGGGCUCGUGGGGCUUCUUCUAGAAAGUACAUAUGGGGACUUAAACCUCCUCCAGCACUCGGGCUAUCGAUGGACUUACUUUUCAGGAGCAGAUCAGAAGUUUUUGGGAUCCGGAGAUAGGAAAGAUGAUUGAGAAAUGAGUUGGAGUUAUAUUAGUGCAUCAAAAUAAGAGAUUGCUUCCGUUUCAAGAGAGAAUGGUUGAAGGAGUUCAAAUUCUUUGUAGCAGAAUAGAGUGCACAAAUAGAAAAUGUGAUUUUGACUCUGAUGUAAAAACAUAAUUCAGGUAGCUUUAGAAUCCUACUUUUAAAUUGUAUAGUUUUUGAAAUGGAUUUUGAGGCUUCCAAGAUUGGUCUUGUGAUAAGAGUGUUGCUAAAAAUUGUCGUGAAUAGAUGUUCAAACAUUUUGAUUGCUGCUUCAAAUAUUGGAACUUGUUUAAA